AUGGCGGACGACAAGGUACCGGGGUGGCGGGAGGAAGGCGCUCGCGGCCUCCUUGGCUUCUCGGGUGUGGCGGGGCCUGCAAGUGCGGCGGGGGGGGGAGGGAGCCUUUGCGGCCCCGUUUACUCGGGAGUCGUCGUGCCCGAGGGGACGCGGGGCAGCUUCGGGGCGGAAGCCGGAGCGUGACUCUCCUUAGGAUGCGGCCUCUUUCAGGGAGGCCCGCUAGCUCCCCUUUUUUAACACCCGCACUUUUAGCUUCUGCUUACCCAUGUUUUCCUGGUACUUCUGUGGAGUUUAUUUUUUGGGGGGGGGUUUGUAGCUUUCUUGAUGAUCUUUUCUUUUCUUUUUUGUAAACUGCCUCUUUGGAACUUUCUUGCUUUUUUAAACUGCCUCUUAGGCCUAGUUUGGGUGCUAAGGUAGGACAGAGACGUAUCAAGUGAGGGAAAACGAAAACACGAAACUGCUUGUGUGAACAUGGGCACUUGCUUGUAUAAGACGGAACUUGAAGUGGGUUCUGUCGGGAGGAAGGGUGGAGUAUAAAUGGAAUGAAUAAGUAAAAUAAAUAAAUGUUGACAUUUUCAGUUUUGGGAAGGAACUAAAAUAACUUGCCCCCCCCCAAAUUUUUAUUUUUUUUUAUCCAGAAAAUUCUAGCUGUAUAAAAAUGAAACCGAAAUGCAUGUCUUUUGUUAACCUAUCCGGACUAAAAUAGUGAGCUAUCCAUAUGCAGCCUAUAAUUGUUCAUGGCAGCAAAGUAUAAAAAGACUAGACAGAUGAUUUUUUUCAUUGAUUUAUAACACAAGUUAAUAUUUGAAAAUUAAUCCACUGAUCAAGUCCAUUUCCCACACCCAAAACAGCAUCAUACUAAAUUGCUUUAUACUAUUGUAUAGAACUCAUUGUGGAUAGAAGCACCUGGGAUAGAAGUUGGAGAGUAAAAACUACCUAAAGUGCCCCCUCUGAUGUGGUGGCAGUGAUAGCCAGAAACAGAAUACUGGUCUUGUAUUAGACAUCCCAUUAGAAUUUCUAGACUGUGCCUUUCCUCUUAGAUAUUUGCUUUCUAUAACAAAGAUACUAAAAUGCAUGUGUGCAUGCAGUUUGGAAUAUGUCAUUUAUGUUUCCAAUGUAUAGGACUCUCUGCCAAAGCUGAAAGAUCUUGCUUUUUUGAAGGAUCAAUUGGAAAGCUUGAAACGAAGAGUCGAAAAUGAGGUACAGGCUGGAGUAGGACAGGUAAAAGUGGGGCUGUUUAAUACUGAUUUCUCCAAGUCUGUCACCGUAUUUGUCUCUCAAAAGUCAUUAAUAAUGUCCUUGAUAUGUCUGGCCCAGUAACUCAGGCAUAGGCAAACUCUAGCUCUCCAUAUAUUUGGGACUACAAUUUCCAUCAUCGCUAGCUAGCAGGACCAAUGAUCAGGGAUGAUGGAAAUUGUAGCCCCAAACAUCUGGAGGGCCGGAAUUUGCCUAUGCCUGCAGUAACUUAUUAGAGUACAAUGUACUGUAUUUUUCGCCCUAUAGGACGCACUUUUUCCCCUCCAAAAAUGAAGGGGAAAUGUGUGUGCGUCCUAUGGGGCAAAUGCAGGGUUUCGCUGAAGCCUGGAGAGCGAGAGGGUCGGUUCACACCGACCCUCCCGCUCUCCAGGCUUCAGGAAGCUAUCCGCAAGCUUGCGGAGCCCGGUGGGAACUCCUGCGGGCUCCGAAGGCUUGCAGAUAGCUGCCUGCAGCCCAAAGCCCGGGAAGCACGGCACUGCGCACCUCGGGCUUAGGGCAGCUAUCCGCAAGCCUGCGGAGCCCUGCGGGAGUUCCCGCCGGGCGCCGCAGGCUUGCGGGUAGCUGCCCUAAGCCCGGGGUGCGCAGCGGGCUACAGCGCUGUACUCCCCGGGCUUCAGAUAGCAGCAAGUUCCGGGAGCGAUGGCGAGGUUGAGCGCAACCUCACCAUCGUUCCCGGACCCGUUCUGGGGGCUGGGGUCGGGGGAAGCUCGGGCUUCCUCCAGCCCUGCAAGCUUGGGGGGGAAAUAUUUUUUUUUCUUUAUUUCCCCUCCCCCCAAAAAAGUGCGCCCUAUAGGGUGAAAAAUACGGUAAUUAUACCUGUAAGGGACUGUAGUUUAUUUUCAGUGUGUUACAUCUGGAAAAUACUGAGACUGUGCUUGCUCCUUUGAUUAUAAAUACUACAUCAGCCUUGAAUUGUAAUCCAGCAUAUUAGGAAAAAUGGAUGAACCAUGAGAACACAUCCCAGUCUGCAUUUUAGUUGUGUUCAGAUGGCUGUUUCAAUUGCCCAUUUAUGUUUUUGUUUUUUGUUUUUUACAGGAAGUCUCUCUGCUGGCAUCCCCAUUUCUCAAAGGGUUUCUUGCUGGCUAUGUUGUAGCCAAACUCAGAUCGUCAGCAGUCCUUGGAUUUUUAGUGGGGACUUGUACUGGUGUCUAUGCUGCUCAAACCUAUGCAGUUCCUGAUGUGGAAAAGACAGUCAAAGACUAUUUCAGUUCAUUCAGGAAAGGACCAGACUAG